GGAUGCAGAAAAGAAUCCACUGAUUGCGAUAAAAGUUCUGGGGUUGAAUACAACUUUUGGUCUAGAGAAUGAAAAUGCCAAUGCAGAGGUGACAAUGAAGACGGAGUUUAAGUUCUCCAACCUAUUAGGGACUGUUUAUAGCCAGGGAAACCUGCUUUUCAGUCCUGAUGGCACUCUUCUUUACUCUCCAGUAGGAAACCGAGUGACAGUCUUCGACCUGGUCAACAAUAAAUCACAUACUCUACCGUUUGCACAUCGAAAGAACAUAGCUCGAUUGGGCCUGGCACCGAGGGGUAACCUGUUACUCUCAGUCGACCAGGAUGGCCGAGCAAUCCUCACACAUGUCCAACGCCGAAUUGUCCUUUUUCACUUCACCUUCAAGUCCCCGGUAUCGUCUCUCGCUUUCUCACCUUCCGGACGUCAUUUUGCAGUAGGACUAGACCGGCAUAUUGAAGUAUGGCACACACCAUCAACCCCAGACCAGAACGCAGAUGGAGAGCUGGAUUUUGCACCAUUCGUCCUGCAUAGGAGGUACGCCGGGCAUUCAGAUUCGGUGCAAAAUCUCGAAUGGUCUGGAGACUCCCGUUUCUUCCUCAGCGCCUCGAAGGAUUUGACUUCUCGCGUGUGGAGUUUGGAAUCGGAAGAUGUGUCGGCCAAGACGGUGUUGGGUGGACAUCGUGAAGGGGUUCUGGGGGCAUACUUUUCCAAGGACCAAGAAACUAUAUACACAAUAAGUAAGGAUGGAGCAGUUUUCGAGCGAAAAUACCUACCAGGACGCAAUGAGGAGGGGCAUGACGAGGACGAUGAUGACAACGACUCUCAUGCUCGGUGGCGCAUCACAAACAAGCAAUUUUUUAUGCAACACAAGGCAAAGGUGACCUGUGCAGUAUUUCAUCCCGACCGGAAUCUGCUAGUUGCGGGAUUUUCAAACGGGAUAUUUGGACUCUACGAAAUGCCUGAAUUUAACAUGAUUCACAGUCUCAGUAUUUCACAGAACGACAUCGAUUUUGUUACAAUCAACAAGUCUGGAGAUUGGUUGGCGUUUGGAGCGUCAAAAUUGGGCCAAUUACUAGUGUGGGAAUGGGAAUCUGAGAAUCAGAUAUUGAAACAGCAGGGGCAUUUCGAUUCGAUGAAUGCACUGGUCUACUCGCCGGACGAACAGAAAAUAGUCACAACGGCGGAUGAUGGCAAGAUUAAAGUUUGGGAUGUCAACUCGGGCUUCUCGAUUGCUACUUUCACCGAACACAUCAGCGGUGUAACUGCAUGCGAGUUUGCGAAAAGAGGAAAUGUGUUAUUCACAGCAAGUUUGGAUGGUUCCGUCCGAGCAUGGGAUUUGAUCAGAUACCGGAAUUUCCGUACAUUCACAGCACCAACCCGAUUAUCGUUCUCAUGUCUUGCUGUUGACCCCAGCGGAGAAGUGGUUUGUGCUGGUUCGUUGGAUUCUUUUGACAUUCAUAUUUGGUCAGUCCAAACUGGACAGCUUUUGGAUCGCCUAUCUGGUCACGAAGGGCCAGUCUCAUCCUUAACCUUUGCACCUAAUGGAAGUGUAGUGGUCAGUGGAAGCUGGGAUCACACAGUCAGAAUCUGGUCAAUUUUCGACCGCACACAGACCAGCGAGCCCCUACAACUUCAAGCAGAUGUCCUCGACGUCGCGUUCCGUCCCGACUCGUUACAGCUGGCGGUCUCAACAUUGGAUGGCCAACUCACCUUUUGGUCUGUCUCCGAAGCGCAGCAACAAUCAGGGGUUGAUGGGAGGAGGGAUGUAUCAGGAGGUCGCAAAAUAACCGACCGCCGGACAGCAGCAAAUGCUGCCGGGACAAAGAGUUUCAGCAGCAUCAAAUACAGUGCCGAUGGGGAGUGCGUCUUGGCUGGUGGCAACAGCAAAUAUAUCUGCUUGUACUCUGUGGAUUCGCUUGUACUCCUGAAGAAGUACACAGUCAGCGUCAACCUGUCUCUUUCAGGGACACAGGAAUUCCUCAACAGCAAGCUCAUGACUGAAGCUGGACCGCUCGGCCUAAUAGAUGAACAAGGCGAAGCAUCCGAUCUCGAGGAUCGAAUUGAUAAGAGUCUACCAGGAUCAACACGUGGUGGAGAUCCAUCAGUAAGGAAGCGGAUGCCAGAAGUAAGAGUAACGGAUGUCGCUUUCUCGCCGACCGGAAGGUCGUUUUGUGCGGCUUCCACCGAAGGUCUGUUGAUCUUCAGUCUGGAUACAACGCCUUUAUUCGAUCCAAUCGACCUUGACCUCGAGGUUACUCCAGCCUCUACCCUUAACGUUCUCGAAAACGAGAAAGACUACUUAAAAUCCCUCGUCAUGGCAUUCCGUCUUAAUGAAGGGUCUCUCCUUCGACAGGUAUUCGAAGGAAUUCCAUACACAGAUAUUAGUCUCGUCACGAAAGAAUUGCCUGUCAUCUACCUCCAACGUCUCCUCCGGUUGGUGGCUAAGGAGACCGAGGAGUCUCCACAUGUGCAAUUCUGUUUGUUAUGGAUGGAAGCCAUUGUCGAUUCUCAUGGCCAAUGGAUUCAAGAUCAUAAGGGCAUGUUGGAUGCAGAGUUGAGAGUCAUAGAACGGAGCGUGACCAGGAUCCAGCAAGAUACCCUUCGUGUGUUUGAGGAGAAUUGUUAUACAAUUGAGUAUGGAUUGAGCCAGCCGCUAAUAAAGAGUGCCGAUGCAUCGUUGUUGAUUAUCAAUGGCGAUGAUACAGACAUGGUAGUACCUGGAGACGAGGAUCCGGAAUGGAUCGGAUUAGAGUAGGGCCUGCUGUUACCAUGGAAUUUGAUGCAAGAUGCAUUUUGUUUAGCAUCUGCUCAGCGAAUUGAAUCUCAACUUUCAUAAGCUCUAAAAGUGCCACAUCCGUGACUAGCAAAUGAGCACAAAUCCUUAUGGGUACGCUUCUUCAAGCCGGGAGCUAACCACAAUUCCAGACCUAGUUCCUUUUUCGGUCGACAGUGAAGCAAUGAUGUGGCAAACUUUACAAUCGUGUCGGACUUCCGAAGCAGCUACUAUGCUGGUUGUUCCCCCACUCUAGAACUAUAGACUAGCUGAUUUUUAGGACUUCAGGAACAGAAGAGUUGCACGGUAAGUUGCAAUUUCAGCAUGGAAGAUACUGUACAACGAUCAGCGGGCAAGGGGCUGGGUGCAAUUUCUUCCGCAGCCAAUCAAUCCGCGUCAACGUCGAUAUUCGAUGAACAAAUACAUUUUCUGGCACGAAAAAUAAUCUCAAUCUACGUUGUACAUUAAGUGAAGCUCGUGAGCCUCCCCGACAGAAUAGUAGUAAAAAAAGUCGAGACGCCUCAAAUCCAUGACCAUUACUUCAAUCAACAGCAUAGCCCUUUUAAAUCACUUUGCGUCAAGCAGACAGUAAAACAAGAACUGCUCCGAAACACUCCUCCGACAAUCUUCUCCUUUCACGCUUUCUGGGCAUGACUGGCAGCUGCAAAAUCCAACCUAUCUGCCCCGCUGACCACCCCACUAGAUGGACAGACCCCAGAUGUGGUAAAGGUCUUCGAUCCGGCCGUUU